AGAGAAUUACAGAAAAACAUCGAGAUUAGGGUUUUGGGCUUGACUGGAUUAGGGUUAGGGUUUUGGAGGUUCUUCUCUCAGCAGAAUCCGAAUUCUCUUCUUUCCAGGUUCGUCUCCAAAGUUCUGAAUUCUUUCCGGUCUUUCUUGCAUGCGCUUUUGUCGUAAUUAGGGUUUUUUUUGUUCGAAUUCUUUCCGAUCUUUCUUGUGUACGCUUAGGUCAUAAUUAGGGUUUUUUAUGGUUCAAAUCCUCAUCUGACUUUUCUGAUUUUCUAUUCAAUUAGGGUUUUUUUUUUUUUUUUUCUCACUUCCGAUCUCAAUCUGCUGUUUUCAGAUUUUCAUCGAAGUAGGGUUUUUCUUACGUUGGAAUCUCAAUCCGAAUUAGAAACCCUUAAACCCUAACAGUAUGAGUGCUCCUGCUCCUCCACCUCCAUUCUUUACACACCCUUUUCCCGGUAAUGCUGUCGGAUUUGGAUCUCAAAUCCCUUUUGAUCCCGAAGCAUCUGGGCCCGCUUUCCGCCCUGAAUUCCCUCCCUUCAAGAAACCAAGAAAUUCCGAAGACGCUCCCUUGUUUCCCAUCCAAAACUCGCCUUUCAAUCCCAGAAUGCUUCCUCCACUCCCUCCUCCGAUAAACAAAGGGGUAAACAAGAUGUUCUUCAAGACCAGGUUGUGUGCAAAAUUCAAGCUUGGGACCUGCCCUUAUGGGAGUAACUGCAACUUUGCUCACGGGAUCGAAGAGGUCCGGAAGCCGCCUGCCAACUGGCAGGAGAUUGUGGCGGCCCAUGAGGACGAUCGGGCGGCUGGGAAUUGGGGCGAACAGCAGAGAAUCAAUAGGUUGGGUAUUUGCAGGAAGUUCUAUAAUGGGGAAGGUUGCCCGUAUGGUGAUAGAUGUAAUUUUCUGCAUGAGCAACCAGAGCGGGUUAGGGAGGGUGUGGUGGCUAGCGUUGCGACUGUAGUGGUGGCAGGAACUAGGGGAACUGCAUCUGAGCGAACAGAGAGCAAUGGGUUUGUGAAUUCUGGAGGCGACAGUAACUGCUCGAAUCAGAAGGGUGUGCUUUGGAAGACAAGGAUCUGUAACAAGUGGGAGAUGAAUGGUCAGUGCCCUUUCGGUGACAAAUGCCAUUUCGCUCAUGGAGCAGCAGAACUUCAGAAGUUUGGAGUCCAUAUGGAGGAGGAAAGUGGGAAUGCAGGCAUGGCUCCCUCAAAGCCUCUUCUUAGUCCUGCUGACAUGAUGUUGCCUAGCAAGGCAGAAGCGAACUGUAAGAUGCAAGCUGAGGGUAGGAAGCGUCUCUCCAAAUGGAAAGGACAUGACAAGAUCAGUGGCAUAUAUGGUGAUUGGAUCGACGAUAUUCAACUUCUAAACAGGCCACCGAGCAAAGUUGCUAGCUGAAGUUGGCUGGUUCUGUUGGUAAUGUGAAGAGUUAAAAGAAGUUUUAAAUCACCAUUCUUUGUUAGAUCAGGAAAACCUUGGUGGUGUCGGUUCCCCAUCUGAUAUGGUUUUGGCCUCUCAAGUGAUUUCAGCCUGCAACGGCUUGCAGAGGCUAGGAGAUUCUUUUUUUUCUUCUUCUUCUCUCUUUUUCUUUUUCGUUUUCUUUUUCUUUUUCAAUUUUGAAGGUGGGGGGUUGCCAAGUUCUUUUUUCUUCAAUUUAGAUCCAUAGGGGUUUUAUGGGUGGGUUCUCCCCUACCUAGUCUCCAUGUUUUUGGCUUCUCAGUGAUUGUAUUCCUCCUUCGAAAGCAAGAGAUGGCAAUUUUCCUUUUU